UUCAUUCCGCUCGUACCUCUUCGUCGGUCCCGGUCCGCGUCAGUAUAUUUUCUUCAUUUUUUAUUAGCGUGAAAAGAUAUAAAUACAUUAAUAUUGUUAUAACACAACUCUGAUGUACCUAUUUAAUGUAAAAAAUUCUACAAUUUAUACCAAAGCAAAUGGAUUAAACGAAAUACAUUGAAUAACAUUGAAAAUUGUUUUUCAUUACUGAUUUUCGGAGCAUUAUAUUUCAUUACAAAAUGGAUACGUCCUCAGACUCGGAAGGAGAACUCUCGCCUGGCGCUUAUAACCAAGUGGCAUACGACGCGGCUGCCACGAUGACCGAUUACGACGAUCCGGUGAUUGUCAAGUCGCCGUCUCGGCACUCAGAAUCCUCGGACAGUGGCAGCGAUGUCGCGGAACCACGCGGCGCCUUGGCCCAUCACAAAUUUUCCAUUGAUCGCAUCUUGGGCCGGUUUAGUGGUGGUGACGGUGCCGCUACGACGGCCAUCGACUCUUGUCCUGAGACAUCGGACACCGACAAACGCCACCGGAACGACUUGGCGUUGCACGGCGUAGAUAGCAUUGCGGAACUUAACGGUCAUAACUUUCCUUACUCAUCGCUGUUGUACGGCGGGUGGUUUGCAGCUGCGGCUGCUGCAGCGGUAGCUAAUAAGACACCACCAUCCCAUUUAUUCGGUCUUCAGGCACCAAAAACAGUGGGACGAAGAUCUAGAAAACCCGGUUUGGAUCGAAAACCCAGACAAGCGUAUAGUGCAAAACAGCUAGAAAGAUUGGAAGCAGAGUUUAAAACAGACAAGUAUUUAAGCGUGAGCAAGCGCAUGGAGUUGUCCAAGGCACUGAACCUGACCGAAGUGCAGAUAAAGACGUGGUUCCAGAACAGGAGGACCAAGUGGAAGAAGCAAUUGGCGUCCAAACUGAAAAUCGCACACCGACACGGAUACUUCCAACCGGUGCAGCACUACGCGUCGCUGUUCGCGCCUCACUGUUAUUUUCCGGCAGCAGCGGCGACGACGACUGCGUCGACUGCGAGCACAUCCCCGUCGGGUGCCGGGGGUGGACUUAAAAACUUCGGUAGUGGUUUACCACCACCGUCACAGCAGACGACUACUUCGACAGAACCUGAGUCACUGGAACACGACAACACGGUCGUCGUCGAACGUCAACUCGUGGCGACCAAAACGGAACGCCAGCACCAUCACCAUCAGCACAACCACCACCAUCACCACCAUCAACAGAGAUAAAACAACUUCCUGUAUUCAUUAUAUUCUCGUGUCAUCGCGCAUACCCAGCGUUAUUAUUGUCUGUCUACAAUUAUUGUGUUGUCAUAAGCAGUGCGGAGAUCUAAGUCUCGAAAGGUCGGCGGGAUGUAAUUGGGUACUGUUGUUGGAGGUUUCUUAAAAUAAAAAAUUAUUAUUUAUAUCCUGUCAUUUAAUGCGUUAAUUAAUUUUUUUUCUAUUUAUUUAAUAAAAGCGAAGUCAGAUUUAAAAGAAGAAAAAUAUUUCAAUUCCGUGGGAAACACCUCAAGAUUUGUGCGUGUUCUUUUAUGUCGAGUUACACGCAGGGACACGACUGAGUCCACAACAGAUCAAAAUAAAUGGAUCAGAGUAAUUUCUUAAAAUAUCUACUUUUUUCUCGAUCAUUAUAUUUAAUAUUAUUUACAAUCUAUCACUUUACAAAAUUUGGAAAUCUACGACCAACAAAUCAACCCCUAAAAUAAAUUCAGCCUUCAGACUUCGGUGAAUUGCACCCGCUGCACCCACACUAAGCUCAGCACUGGUUAUGGCGUCAUGCAACUGCUAGGCAUUGGUACCUAGGUACCUUACCUACCAUUACGAUUACCUACCGGUUACCAAUUAUUUUGGAUUUAUUUAAGACGCGCACAACAACAGCAAUAUUAAACAAUAUAAUAUAACGAUAUUGUGUUUGUUAUUGGGCAGGUCAGGUUCGUUCAAGUACCAUAUACCUAUAUAUUUAUCGUAACUUAUUGAGAUCUGCAUCACGCGACAAUUUCAAAAAAAUUGAGUUCAAAUUUUAUUUAGGUAUAUAGUAGGUACCUAGGACCUAGGUAUCAAUAUAUUAGUGACUUUUAGAAACGCGAGAUCAUGUAAAUAAUAGCUUUGAUGUAACGAUAUGUUGACCGUGUAAAAUCAAAAUGUUUCGAAAAGCCAAUAUUAUAAAUCUUAAGUAAAAAUAACUUUUUAGAAAUCCGUAUUUACACUUUUUAAGUUAUCGAUUGUUCGGAGUUAUACAUAUAUGUUGCUACCUAACUUCAAAAUUUCUAGCAUAGGAAUAGUUUUUUGUUCCUCCUGAAUUAUUGGCCACAGACCACAGUGGUUCUUCGGUAAAAAUAUGUAAAUUUAAUGUCUAUUUUAACGGUGAAACUUCUGAAUAGUGGACGCAAUCAGCUAACGAAAUUUUGUUCGCUAUUCGAAGGCGGUUGGGUGCAGAGCGGGUUGUGAGCUUAAAAUUGUAAACUGUAUUUAAGUAAAUGAAUACUACCUACAAUCUACAUAACCUAUACAAGUAUAUUACGUUAUGUAGGCAGAUGCACUAGAAAAUAGAAUAUUGA